CGAUUCGCGAUGGACUGCUGAAUAGGCCAUUGUACGCCUUGCAUGAGUUGGAAAACAAACCCCUUUUUGUAACGUGACACGUCCGCCACGAAAAGUAUAUGUAGAUAUUUUUAAUAGUUUUAUAGUGCUUAGUAAUAUGUAAAUAGUAAAACAUGACGCAAUCUACCCGACAUGUCGGUCAACGAUGUAGAAGACAAGUAUUCAAAAUGUUCACACCAAAGGUUGUAAUAGUGGGAGCCGGAGCAGCUGGCAUUGCUGCAGCCUCUAGGCUUGUUGCAAACAAUGUCUGUAAUGUUACAAUACUAGAAGCAGAGAGUCGAAUUGGUGGACGUAUCUACACUUCUUCUUUUGGGGAUGGUGUUGUAGAGCUGGGAGCUCAGUGGGUACAUGGAGAAGACAACAAUGUUGCUCACUCAUUAGGAAAUUCAGCCCAAUUGUUGGGUGAUGAUUCAUACGAUAUAACAACUGCUCAUUAUGUUUUAUCUGAUGGAAAAAUGUUAAAUCCUGAUGAUGCAGCUGAUCUUUUUACAUCAUGCAUCGAAGUAGCUCAUGAUGAACAUAAACUUUGCAACAGUCCGGGAAGUUUUGGAAAGUACUUUAAUGAAAGUAUAAAAGAAAAAUUGAGUAAUAAAGGGAUAGAUUACAAAACUACUUCUGCUGAGGGGUUCUUAGCAUGGUACGAACGUUUUCAGAACUCAAUCGAUGGUUCUGACUCAUGGUUUGAAACAUCAGCAGCAGGCCUUCAACAAUACAGAGAGUGCGAAGGGAAUUCUCUCACUCGUUGGAAAACAGGGGGCUACAAGAAUAUAUUCAAGAUUUUAAUGGGAAAUAAUGAAGAACAGUUAAAAAAACAAAUAAUAUACAAUAAGAAAGUCAAAAGUAUAGUCUGGAACCAACAACAAGCAGAAGUAAUAUGUACAGAUGGACAGAAGCUAACUGCUGAUCAUGUGUUAGUGACUGUGUCUUUGGGAGUGCUGAAAGAAACCCAUUUUGAUAUGUUUAGUCCUCCACUGCCAAUGCAAAAGGUUAAUGCAAUCCAGGGACUGGCAAUCGGAACAGUGGAUAAAAUAUUCAUUAAAUUUCCUUACCGCUGGUGGCCUUUAGAUUGCCCAGGAUUCAGUCUUCUGUGGAGAAAAAAUGAUAUAUUGCAUGAAGAUCAGGGAGGUUGGAUGGGAGAGGUGUUUGGUUUCUACAGUGUAGAUGACAACCCGUUGGUUAUGUGUGGCUGGGUAGUAGGCUCUGCUGCCAGACACAUGGAGCAAUGUUCUGAUGACCAAGUACGAGACAGCUGCUACCAACUGCUGAAGAAGUUUUUAGGCGCUCAUUAUGAUAUUCCACCUCCCCAGUAUAUCCUAAGGUCAAAAUGGCAUAUUAAUCCAAAUUUCCGAGGAUCUUACAGCCAUCGAACUGUUUUAUCUGAUAAAACAAACGCCUGGGCUUCAGACCUCUCCUCUCCUUUACCCCAGCCCGACAAACCAGUGUUGAUGUUUGGUGGAGAAGCCACUCACAACCACUUCUACUCAACUGUUCACGGUGCCAUCGAGACAGGCUGGAGAGAGGCAGACAGACUCCUGUCAUAUCUACACAAGAGUUCUAGACCACCACACAAGUACUCUGUGGUUAUCGUGGGGGCAGGCAUGGCUGGUCUUGGAGCUGCCACAACUUUGGCAUCAGCAGGCGUUGGCAGCUUUGUUAUUCUUGAAGCCCAAGACAGAGCAGGGGGGAGAGUGAGCUCAGUGGCUGUAGAUAACACCGGUCAAAACUAUAUAGAACUAGGGGCUCAGUGGAUCCAUGGCGAGAACAACCCAGUGUUUCAACUAGCCAAGCAAGCAGACUUACUGUCCAGCGUUACCUCUGAUGAAGGCCAAGGUAUGUACCUGAAGCCUACCGGGGAGCAAGUACCACUGUCUGUGGUACAGGAGGUGGCAGGUGUUGUAGGAAACAUCCUAGAGGACUGUUGUCAGUUUGUAGAUGAACCGGAUGUCCCGGAAUCCCUGGGACACUUUCUCACAACCAAGUUUAAUGAACAUCUUGAGUCAUGUAAUGAUCCUCCUGAGAUUCGAAAAGAUAAACUUGACAUUUUUGACUGGCAUAUAAGGUUUCAGGUGAUAGAUAAUUCCUGUAAUCAUCUCAACACACUGUCAGCCAAAGCCUGGGGGUUAUAUGAGUUUUGUGGAGGAGCAGAUUACAAUAAUUUGAAACAAGGUUAUUCAUCUGUAGUGCAGCAUUUGGUUGAUAAUCUACCUUCUCACUCAAUAAAAACCAACUGUGUUGUUAAACUUGUUAAAUACUCCUCGGAUGUGCCAUAUGCUACGGUAUUUUGUGAAAACGGAGAAGAAUAUGUGGCAGACCAUGUGAUUGUCACAAGCUCCCUGGGGUUUCUCAAGGAGAACGUCCAUUCUUUAUUUUGUCCUCCACUUUCUCCAGAGAAGAUACAGGUUAUACAAGAUAUGGGGUAUGAUACAAUAAACAAAAUAUUCCUUGUGUAUGACACACAAUGGUGGCCAAGCCACUUUAAAGGGAUACAGUUGAUUUGGGACAGUGAAGAGAAAGAAGAUCAAGGAUAUCAGUCUUGGUUGAGACAUGUAUCUGGGUUUGACGUGGUUACCACUCUACAAGGUGUGUUGUUGGGUUGGGUUGGCGGAGAGGCCGCAAUGCAGAUGGAGACUCAAUCAGAUCAAGACAUUGCCCAACUCUGCACAUCAGUCAUCAGAAAGUUCAUGAACCAACAAGACAUUCCUGCUCCUGCUCACAUAUUUAGAUCUAAAUGGCACAGCAAUAGGUUCAUACGAGGAGGAUACAGCCACACUACAAAUAAAUUUGACAAGAAUAACAUAAGUCCUGGGGAACUAGCCAAGCCAGUAUAUGUGAAAAAAUAUAAUUCAGAUGAAAACGCAAAGCAUCCUGUAUUACUGAUAGCAGGGGAAGCAUUGCAUUGCAAGUAUUUCUCUACAACUCAUGGAGCUUACUUGUCAGGGGCUCAACAGGCCCAAGUGAUUAUUGAUUAUGCCACUAAAGAUAGAUUAGUAUAAUUUUUUUACAAUAAUCUUUUCCUUGUACAAAUUUAUUUGUAAUUGAAACGUACCAUGGAAUCAGUGUCAUAAGUUGUACUAUUUGGUCUUUUUGACAUUGGGUGCUUAAACUUAAGCUUGUGUUGGAAAGAGUCACUUAAUGCUCUGGUGAUGAAAUAGCUUUACUUCAUAAACUCUAGACCAUAACUUCUCUAGCAAUGUAAAAAAUUUAUAUCAGAAGUCUUAUUGUCCUUUGUAUCUUAGACCCAAAUUAAAUAAUUUGUUUUUAAAUCAAAUCUCAUACAUAACUCCCAAGACUAUUAGAGUGUCUCUUUGUCCAAACUAACAAUGUCCAAAAAAUAGCCACGACUGACACAAAUAGACCACGAGCCUGAUGCCUUGAGAAUUUUUGUCAGGGUAUCCAGUAUCACAUCAAAAAGAAAUUUGAGAUCAACUCAAAAUUUUUGAGGCUUUAAAUUUGAAAUUCUUGUUAAAAAAACUUCUUGUUUGUACCUGCUAGCACAUUAAAACCCACCAUAAAAACCUAAACUAUACUCAAUUCCACGUUCACCGUGCAGUACGGAGCGCCCGUAUGCCAUGUAUUUCAAAUGGGAGUUUCCGCGCUACUAGCCGUCCUCACAACAUCAACACCCAAGAACCUCUACUGCGCUACUUCCUACCAAUGCAUAAACCCUUUUAAUUUCGUUAAGGAUUUUAUUUGAGUGAGAAUUGAGUUAUUUAUCACUUAAAUACCUAUCUACUCAUUUAACUAAAAAUAUUUAACAAUGAAAUUUAAAGAACCAUUUUCUUAUAACUAAAAAAUGACUAUAAUAAUUUAUACACUAAUCAAAACAUCUUAGAAAACAUUUUUGAAAAAAAUUCAUACUACUACCAUUAUAUUUUGAUUAUUUUAGCGAAUUUUCCAUACAAGGGAGCUAUUAUCGAAGUCCUCAUGGUAAGACCUGGACCCGGGACAGAUUUACUUUUUUGUUUUGAGGUCCCUAGAGGCCAAAGCACCAUCCGUUCAGAGCUUAAACCAUUUUGUAGAGCUUAAAAAACAAAUAAUUUAGUAUAUUGAAGCAUUAUGCGCCUAAUGUUUACGGAGAAAAUAAAAAAAAAAUUGUAAAUUUAAAAUUCUCAUGUUAUUCUUAUGGAGAACUAGCAGAGUACCCGUCCUUCGUACGGGUUUGGCAUAUACGUAUAAAAUGCUUAUUCCAGUUAUACUCAAGCUUUGCGUUUGCAAUGGGGGAGGACACCAUUUGAUAAAAUGUGCUUCUUUAAAUUUACGGUAUACUAUAGUAUGACUCAUCUACCAUAGCCAUAAUAUUCUACCACUUCACCUAAUCAAUAAAAAAAAAAAUUGUUAAAGAUUCGCAAAAUAUCACAAAUGAUUAAUGAAAUUAAAAACAUAAAAGUAACUGUAAACAAUCCUACUUUGACAGUUCUCCAACCAACUUUUUAAGUUGAAACAGCUGACUAAAUUCUUUUAUUCCCUUCAAAUAUGAAUACUCAUAAGGUUAACAUGAGGAACCACAGAGCCACUGGGGUGGAGCCCUAAAGGAUUUUUGAGAUAAUAAUAUGCCUAUAUGUUAAUCGUGAAUGUGAGCUAUCAUCAUGCCAAGUUUCAGCCCAAUCCGUCCAGUAGUUAAUGCAUGAUUGAACAUCAAACAAACAAACAAACACACAAACUUUCACAUUUAUAAUAUUACUAGCUAGAGAACAAUGAACAAUGUUAUAAAUGUGAAAGUACCCGUCCUUCGUACGGGAUUGGCAUAUAAGUAUAAAAUGCUUAGUACAGUUAUACUCAAGCUUUGCGUUUGCAAUGGGGGAGGACACGGUAUAAUAAAAUUUGCUUCUUCAAAUUUACGGUAUACUAUAGUAUUACACAUCUACCACAGCCAUAAUGUUCUACUGCCUCACCCAAACAAAAGAAAAAAUAAAUUAUUAAAGAUUCACAAAAUAUCACAAAUUAUUCGUGAAAUUAAAAACAUAAACAUAACUGUAAACAGACAUUUCUCACCGCGUAUCACAGUUUUUUGUUGCUGCUUAGUUCAAAUUAGCUGUUUUCAUAAAUGAACAAAAAAUAAUAGUGCUGCAGUUGGUAUAACUUUUAAUGCUUUUGCAUAUCAUAGAAACGACCUUUUUAGUUGAAACAGCUGGCUAAAUUCUUUUUAAUUCCAUUUCAAUAUGAGUACUCAUAAGGUUAACAUGGGAAACUCCAGAGCCACUGGGGCGGAGCUCGAAAGGAUUUUUGAGAUAAGAAUAUUAGUAAGAUUAUAGUAAGAAGUAAGAUAAGAUAAGUAAACUGUUGUAGUUUGUUUAUGAACAUAUUUUGAUCAAAUUCGGAAAAUGCAUUCUUUUCUUACUAAACUAUUAACAUCUGACAAAAAAAACUUUUUUACUCUCCCUGUUGCAGCAAACCUAAGUACUCGUUAAAAUAAUUAUAUUUUAAUAGGGAAUAAAUUUAAUAUUUUAACAACAACAUUUUAGUGUAAGUCCAAUCAGGCAAAUGGAAAUUCGCUUAGUCUGCAGGUUUGCUGCGGUGGGAGUAUUUACACAAUACCAUACUUUAUAUUUAUUUUGAUGAUUGGAUUUAUUAUUCUUUUUUGGUCAAAUUAACUCACCUUAAUUGCCUUCUGUGAUUCAUUGCAACAGAACUACACGCCCAAAUAGACACACUUCUUCCAUCAAACUGAUUUUAUCCAGCUUUAAGUACCUAUAUAAAAUUAGCAGAUGUAUUAUUUUAUUGAUAUAGGGCAAGCGUUUUAUUGGUCAUAAAAAGUAAGUAAUUGUCACUGGAAUCAUCAACGGAUGUACGUAGCCUGUUAACUGAGGCGUUGCACAAUGACAUAUACAUUUUUUUUUAGACAAGACAUUUUAAUAAAAACUACACUUAUUUAUCCAUAACAUAAUUCUAUAUUUUUGAAACAUGUAAAAUUUUGUAUUUUUUUGGACGGAGACUAAUUAUUGAAAGAAAAUAGUUCUACUUGAAUUUACCUUACUACUAAUUUAACCCAAUAACUAUUUUAAAUACGUUAUGAACUAAAUCGGUAACGUAUUCCAAUUAAUUCACAGUCAAUGCUCAAAUUGUAUAUUUUAAUAGAGUUCAAAACUUAAAUCCAAUGUACGAUACUGAAUGUGGUUAAACAUUCAACUGAAAUAAACCUUUAUUUUUAAACGAAAACCAUAUAUUUUUAAUAUUCCAAGUCAAAUUACCAACCUAUGUUGAUAAAUACCAUAAAAACACAGAAAUUAGAAAAAUGAACUUGAGCGCCUUCUCGAGCGUCGCGAGGACUGUUGGCGCAUCCCGCAUGACAGAAAACACGAAGUUUACAGUAAUUGUAGUAGCAAGGCUAUCUUCCAUAAGACCUGUACUGCACGGUGAACAUGGAAUUGAGUAUAGCUCUGAUUCAAAGAGAACUAUUUAAAACAAUGCAAGUUAGAUGGUUAAAAUAUUCCAACUAAACAAUGAAAAGAAGAACGUCAAAACUAUCAAAGGUGUACAGUUAUCUUCUCUAAAUGGUUAAGACAUAAAACUAACCAAAUCAUAUACAGGGUGUCUUGCAACCCCAUAUGAACAAAUUUUGUUAUGUUUUAAGUCUCUAGCUCAUCGGGAAGUUAGUUUAAAAUCUGCAAAAUUUGUGCCUAACAGACAAGUAAGCGAGCUAAUAAAACGUGUUAAUAUCAUAGUUAGUUACUCCCACCGCUUACCUAUGCUAAAGGUUGUUGACAAGCUAAUGGGAGAAAGUAUGUGUCAGAUUGCCGAAACCGUUUAUUUACAAAACUUAAAACUAUAUUGACUUGACUUAGAUCAAAAUAAUGGUUAUUCACAGUAUUGACUUGUGAAAAUACUAUUUUCCAGUUUACUAUAAUUAGGUUUAAUGCAAGCAAAUUUAAAAAGAAUAAGAUUCAAGUUUCAUACCAUAAUUAAGAGAGUAAUGUUAGGGAAUUUUAGUGAGUUUUCUCAUUUUUAGAUACAUUUUUUGUAAAACUAUAAUUAAUUAUGAUCUAUCACUCUGCACUGACCUAAGCAAAAACCUCCAAAAAUCUGUGAUGUUUAAGGUUGUGUAAAUAAGACGAAUAAUUAAUUCUUUAAAGAAUAAAUCAAAUUGUAAUUUUAAUCUUAGGUAAUACUGUAUGUAUACUGUUUUUACCAAAUCAUGUAGGCCUUGAAAUUGUUUAUCUACUUACUGUAAUGAUGCUUGCUGAUUUAAUACAGUUUUAUGUCAAUCACAGUGUAA